AUGUCUUAUAAAUCGUAUGCUAUGGAGCUGAGACGAGACCAGUGUCAGUUGAAUUUCUAUGAUCUUCAAAAAAAAAUUAUUCCUGAGAUCAAGUUAAGCAGUGAUUUCCCGAUUUGCACCUGGAAGAAUGGGGAUGAACACAGAUGGAUUGAAAUAGUUAAAGAAGCAUUUGGUGACUAUAUGUCUGAUUGGAGUGCUGAGAAAUUUGUUGAGAGGUAUGCAUCAAGUCCCCUGUUUAAGGAAGAUGGCUUUUUCUUCAUCAGACAUAAAGAGAGAUAUGUAGCCACAGCAUUUGCCUGGCAAGAAAAAACAAACUCAUCCGAAGGACGUCUUCAUUGGUUAGCAGUGUUGCCUGAGUAUCACAGGCGUGGCUUGGGGAGAACUCUUGCAUUGCAUGUUCUUUAUUAUCAUAAGGAUCAUGGGAAGCAAUCAGUGUGUCUUAAAACUGAGAUUUACAGACAUUCUGCAAUUAAACUUUACAAAGACAUUGGAUUUGUUUGUGUUGCUAAAGGGACCUGACAGAGCCACCAAAACAAAUUAUCACUCUAUUUGCAAUGUAGGUGUCAUCCUUUGCAACUUGCAUAUACAAGGGAAGGGACAUAGACCACUUUCAUAAAUGGCUGCUGGACUAAUAUUCUUUUGUUUAAAUUUAAAUUAGCCUUUCUGGCCU